AUGGCGCCGAGGAAACAAGAGUCGGCGCCUCCAGAGGCUGCUACCAGAUUGUCCACGCGCACGAAGACGUCUCGAGAGCCCCAAGGCGUGGCCGGGAGUGGGAAUGUGCGGGCGCGUGGUGCCAACUCGGCCUACGAACCGCCCAAGAGGAAACGAGGCAGGCCGAGCAAUGCUUCCCGGCGUCAAGAGGCUGCCGCACAGGAAGGAGACGCCGUCUAUGACUUUCCUUCGUCAGGGGACGAAGAGGGUGACCGUGGCGCGUCUAUGGCGGACGUGCCCAUCAAGACAGCAAACCGGAGGACGGGGCGGGCCCCCACCGCGGCGCACAGUUCUGCCGCUGCAGCGUCCGCAGUAACGGACCACACGUCGGCGACGCCCAAGAAGAGGAAAGCGAAUGGUCCAAAUGUCACAGAGACUCCGUCAUCCGUGUCACGCUUCAAGGACCACGCAGCCGGGGAAACCCCCAGAUGGCGCCGGAAUGACCGCUCGGCCCGCAAGAAGAGUGCACGCGCGCUUAUUGAAAGUGUUGUCGCCGGCAACGCGAGUGACGAGGAGGACGACCAGGGCAUUGCCAGGGAGAUAUACGAGUCAAGCGGAGACAGCGACAGUGAGGACCUGGACGAAGACGAACAGGUGCGAGAUGCCAAUGGGCUGGAAAGCCUUGCGGCAACGCCAUCAAAGAAGCCUCGGGGACGGAGAAAGGGUUCCACGACACGGGCACGGAAAAAGUCCCCGACACCACCCCGGGAUCUUCCUCCACAUGAGUUGUACUUUGCCCAGAACCGGCCGGGGGCAUCCAAGACGUCGGGCAACAGUCUAGCCUCUCUCGAACUACUGACGCACGACGAGUAUUUCUCUAUAGUCAAUGCUUUUGAGGACCCGCAUCGAGACGAUGUCAACUUCCUGCAAGAAUGGCACACCGAGUCAUUCCCUCAGUGGUCGUUUGAGCUGGCCCAGGGUUUCAGCAUUUGCCUGUACGGCUAUGGAUCCAAACGGUCUCUUCUACACAACUUCGCCAAACACCUGUACGCCGCGGUACCCGACCAUGUACGGAGCAAGACCGUUAUCAUCAACGGCUACGUGCGUAACACCUCUAUCCGCGACAUUUUGGGAACAGUGGGUAGUGCUGUCAACCCGUCUUACAAGUUGCCCGCAGGCAAUCCUUCCGCGAUGCUGGAUGAUGUCAAGUCAUUCCUCUCAUCACACGAUGUCAGCAUCACAUUGGUCCUCAACUCGAUUGAUGCCACCCCGCUACGAAAGCCGGGCAUGCAAGCCAUUCUGGCUCAGCUGGCAUCCCAUCCAAGCAUACACCUGAUUUGUUCCGCCGACACCCCCGACUUCUCGUUGCUCUGGGACACCGGGCUUCGGUCGGCGUUCAACUUUGUCUUUCAUGACUGCACUACGUUCGGCCCCUUCACCGUAGAAGUCGACGUGGUAGAUGAAGUCCACGAAUUGCUUGGUCGCAAGGCAAGGCGCGUAGGGGGCAAGGAAGGCGUGACAUAUGUGCUGCGCAGUCUACCGGAAAAUGCGAAGAACCUGUUCCGCCUACUUGUAACCGAGGUCCUCGUGGCUAUGGACGAAGUGGGCAUUUCGUCGGGGGAGAAUCCCGGCGUCGAGUACCGAAUGCUUUACGGGAAGGCCGUCGAAGAAUUCAUCUGCAGCUCAGAAGUUGCUUUCCGUACACUGCUGAAAGAAUUCCAUGACCAUCAGAUGAUAACCAGCCGCAAAGAUGUUCUCGGCACGGAGCUAUUGAGCGUGCCAUUUCGAAAGGAGGAACUAGAAACCGUUCUGGAGGACCUGAUGUCUUGA